AUGAGGCAUGCCAUGGCAACCACUGCGCUGCCGCGCGUCAGCGCCGCCAGGAUUGGUAAUAAUCGCAAGUGUCAAAAGCGAGAACGAAUGGGGGAAGGAAAGCUGUGCGCAGCCCAGCGGCGAGCCGACGCGCUGGCGGCUGUGCUGCGGGCCGCCAGCUGCGCCUUCUGCCGCCCCCCUCCCGGCUGGCUCCUGCUGGGCGCCGCAGCCUUUCUGCUCCUGGCCUAUUUCUCGAAAAGGCGGGUCCCCAAGAACUCCCCGCCGGGGCCCUGGAGUCUGCCCGUCUUCGGAAUGUUCUUACAGCUGGACAUGAAGCGGCCACACCUGUCGAUUCAGAAGUAUGUGAAGGAAUAUGGGAACAUUUUCAUCAUGGACAUCAGCAUGUGGUCUUCAGUCCUUUUAACUGGAUUGCCUUUAAUCAAAGAGGCCCUUGUCCAGGGACAAAACAUAGCAGACCGCCCCAGGUACCCUGUUCAAGAACGGAUCUGUAAGAAUAAAGGCUUGAUCUUUUCCAAUGGCCAGGAAUGGAAGGAGCAAAGAAGGUUUGCCCUGAUGACACUAAGGAACUUUGGUUUAGGAAAGAGGAGCUUAGAGGCACGCAUCCAGGAGGAGGCCUACCACCUCAGCCAGGCGAUGGAAGAGGAGAAGGGACAGCCAUUUAACCCUCACUUCAAGAUCAACAAUGCAGUUUCCAAUAUUAUUUGCUCCAUCACCUUUGGGGAACGCUUUGAGUACCAGGAUGGUCAGUUCCAAGAGAUGCUGAGGUUACUGGAUGAUGUCAUGCAUCUGGAGAUGUCAGUGUGGUGUCACUUCUAUAACAGCUUUCCAUGGAUAGUGCAAUUCCUCCCUGGACCCCACCAACAACUCUUUAACAAAUGGGAGAAGCUGAAAUUGUUUAUUUCUCGUGUGACUGAAAACCACAAGAGAGACUGGAAUCUUGACGAGCCAAGAGAUUUUAUCGACGCAUACCUCAAGGAAAUAGAAAAGCAUGUGGGCAAUGCGGCUUCCAGUUUCAAUGAGGAAAACCUCAUCUUCUGUGCUCUGGACCUCUUCUUUGCUGGAACCGAGACAACUUCGACGACGCUGCGCUGGGGUCUGCUUUACAUGGCCCUGUACCCAGAAAUCCAAGAAAAAGUGCAAGCUGAGAUCGACAGAGUGCUUGGGCAGUCUCAGCAGCCGAGCGUGGCUGCUCGGGAGCUCAUGCCCUACACCAAUGCCGUCAUCCACGAGGUGCAGAGGAUGGGAAACAUCAUCCCCCUGAAUGUGCCCAGGGUAGCCAGCGCCGACACCACGCUGGCCGGGUACCACCUGCCCCAGGGGACCAUGAUCAUGACCAAUCUGACUGCACUGCACAGGGACCCUGCAGAGUGGGCCACCCCCGACACAUUUAAUCCGGAACACUUUCUGGAGAAUGGACAGUUUAAGAAAAGGGAAGCCUUUCUGCCUUUCUCAAUAGGGAAGCGAGUAUGCCUCGGAGAACAGCUGGCCAAAUCCGAGCUGUUUAUUUUCUUCACCUCCCUUUUGCAAAAAUUUACCUUUAAGGCCCCAGACAAUGAGGAGCUGACCCUGGAAUUCAGAACAGGAAUCACCCUCUCCCCAGUCGACCACCGCCUCUGUGCAGUCCCUCGGGCUUGAGGGUGUUGGGGAAGGAGAGGGGGGAGGAAAGCAGGAAGAAUGGGCAUGUCCUCCAAAGUCAAGGGAGCCUGCUCAGAAGUGAGGGACAAGAGUGGAAGUGGCUCUGAGGAAAGACUAGGACUUGGACUCAGAGGAAACGGGAUUCAAAUCCAGUUUUAUCUUCUCCAAUGUAGCCUCGUGCAAAUCAUGUAUCUCUAGGAAACAACCCCCAAUGAUAUUCCUACAAUAAAGCCAAUCGCAUCAGGCCUUGAACUUCUUAAACAUCUA